GACAAAAAUAUAUAGCACGAAAUCACGCAACAAUGAAAACUCGCUUGGAUCAUGAUUUAAAUUAAAAUUUUGAUUUUGGCUUCGGUCCACAUUUGAUUGCGUCUGGGUCCGGAUCCGGACCGGGGUCUGCCUAUUGAGUACCCCUGUCCUAUAGGCUUGGCCGGCUGUUGCCCGUGCGUGUAUUAGGACUAGUCUUUCCUAACAAUGUCGGAGGCGAAUAUCUUGAAAAUCAUUUGCGGUAACGGAGGGGCGAUAUAUUAUGAGAGACUCCUUGAAUUAGCUUCCGGCUUUCCAGAUAUAAACUGCUUUGAAUUUGAUUCUCUCAUCGAAAAUGAUCAGUUAUUCUCUCUGACGGAGAACAGUGGCGUCAAACAAGUACUAGCCAAAACAAACGUCAGACUCUGCAAAGUGAGAGACUGCACUGGCUGUAAAAAUCUUCAUCUUUGUAAGUUUUAUCUACAUGGAGAAUGCAAAGGAAGACGCUGUGGUUACGGACACAAUUUAAACUCGCACCACAACGCCAAAGUUCUCUCAGAACAUCAACUACAGAGGCUUAGCAGAGCAGAGAUCAGACAGUUACUUUUGCACAAUGACAGCCCACAUUCCCUGCUUCCACCGCUUUGUAUGAGUUACAACCAUGGUGAGGGUGACUAUGGCCGAUGUGAUGACAAGGAUAACUGCACGAGGCUUCACAUCUGCGAGGGCUACAUCCAAGGCACCUGCGACUCUGGCGACUGCGGCCGGUCACAUGACUUCUUCGAGCCCCACCCGAUGAGGACCCUGCGGGGGAGGGGUGUGCCCAGCGGAAUGGUUGGAUCCAUGCUCUCCGUCUACCGGAACAUCUUGGUGCUCAGGGGCACUCUGAAGUCCAAUGCUGGGGCCAAGAACAGAAGUGGCAGAAGGGGGAAAGGAGGAGGCGCCACCACUACCAGUGGUGUGGCUAAAGACGAAAGCAGUCCAGCACGGCCAGAGAUAAACGAAAUCUGCCUGUCCUUUGUCAGAGCGGAUUGCAAACAAGGCAACAGGUGUUGGAGAGUACACUCCAAAAUGCCCUACCAGUGGCAAUUUAAGGCUGGAGAAACCUGGACCGACUUUCCACUCAGUGAAGACAUCGAGAGUGACUUUUGUAACCCAAGUCGUGCCAGCUUCAUCGCUUUGAGUGUGAAGUGUGACCCCGUUUGUUUUGAUACCAUGACCUGCGGGCCCCAUGAGGUGCGACGGCUCUCCACAGCCCCCUCCGUGCUCAUGCCUGACUUCAUCCUCACCACCGAGUGGCUCUGGUACUGGGAAGAUGAGUACGGAAAAUGGGUCCCCUAUUCCUCCAUAAAAGAGAUGCACAGGAUGUCCUCAGUGUACUCCAGUGAUCUGGAAAAGCGUUACCAGGAAGACAACAAUGCUGUGGUCCUCUUCACAGCUGGUAAAGAGCACUAUGAACUGAGUUUCAAAGAUAUGGAGCAAAAGAAUGUGCACUAUGGCACCCCGAGACAGGUUAGAAGAAGACCUGAGUUCAUCUCAUCGGUUGGUGUCCAAACCGCCAGAACCAGGUAUGGUGGUUUUAGUGCUACAAAAGAAGAGGCCCCGUAUCAUCACAACAUGGCAGAGGCGUACCAGGAUACUGGGACAAGUCUGCCUGUGCCUGAAACAGGAUACAAGAGAGUAGCUCUGGUAAGUACUGACCGGGACUAUCUGAAGGUCCAGGAGCUGUUCUGCAAGACACUGGGCGGUUUUGACAUCAUCAGUAUUGAGAGGAUCCAGAACAAGGAGCUCUGGGAGGACUUUCAGACGAAACGAGAACGUAUGACGAAAGCCAACAAGGAUAAAAAGUACGUCGCUGGGGAACGUCUGCUCUUCCAUGGCACAGAUUCCAAGUUCAUUGAUGCGAUCUGCUACCAGAACUUUGACUGGAGAAAGUCUGGAGCCAAUGGAACGGUUUAUGGAGAAGGAUGCUACUUUGCCCGGGAUGCCCGCUACUCCAACAGCUACACCUCUGACCACAGCGUGCGCUCCAUGUUUGUGUGCCGCGUGCUGGCAGGCAGCUAUACCCGAGGGCAGUCUCAAUAUCGCCUGCCGCCCUCCAUAGAUGGAGGCCUGCUUCUGUAUGACAGCUGUGUGAACGAUGUCCGCGACCCUUCUAUCUUUGUGGUGUUCGACAAGCAGCAGGUCUAUCCCGAGUUCCUCAUUACCUACACUGAGCACGUCUAUAUUACGGAUCUAACGGAUCCUUCUCCUGAUUACGCUUCUUCUGCUGUCUCCGGUUUACUUUCUCCUGUUAAGACCACUGCCACUUCCACACAGUCCAAUUCUCUACACAGCUCCACCGCUCUUAUUAGCAUAACAAGUGCACUAAAAACGGUAACCGUGUCCACUUUGACCUCAAGUUCAUUUGUGUCCCCGCCUUCUGUGGUGUCAAGUCCAUCCUUGUCAUCUGCCAAGCCAUCCACAGCGUCUCCCCAAAGUUCUGUCAUGAAUCCCAUUCUUUAUCUUCCAUCAUCCAUUCUGAAACCAGCCCAGGUUUUACCUGCAACCAGGACCUCCGCAGGGUCAGCAACUCUGCCUGCUCCUGUUCCAGCCUCCACUUCUUCAAUGCUGCCAAACAGUCAUCCUGUACAGGCAGUUCAAAUACGAAAGAGCGACGUCAGUAGUGAUGACUGGGAUUUUGUAGAUUCAUUAAACAUCCCCAGUUCUAAGAGCACAUCAACAGCCCUGUCUAAUCCAGGAAGAUCCAGCACCUCCGCACUAAACCAGCAGUGGGUUCCCAAACCGGUUCCCAGUCGACGUCUGUACUCGUCGUCAGAUGCAUCUCUGGUCAGCUCCACUGUGAGGUCUGCCACUCCAAAGUCAACAAGUACAAGAAGGGUGUCUCCUCCCCGCCAGUCCACUACAACCUCCUCGUACACCGAGUCAGUGGUCACUCUUCCUACGAGUCAACGAAGCCAAGACCUCUAUAAUGUCCCCACAGCUACUCGGAGACAGAAUCAUGAAGCAAAAAAGAAAGAGGAAUGCAUCUUGCUUUAAUGUCAUUUUUUAAUUGUUAAAACUAAUUUUCCCAUCCCUACUACUGGAAUAAACAUGUACUACUCAGUCCCACUUUCUAUAUCUCUUGCUCGAUUGAAAUUGUCAAUGUAUAUUUUGAGGCACUAGUGUUUACUCCGCAGGUGUCUUCAAGCAAAAGUAAGAUUUCAUGGUGUCUGUUCUGUGCAGAGCGCCAGACCUGUAGCACAGGUGUGUUCCAGUGUAUCUUGGAUUUGCAUGUUAUCACAUUGUAUUUGCCAUUUAAAAAACUAAAAAUACAAAACAUUAAAAUCCUUAAUAAAUUAUUAAAUCAAGCAACUGAUAUAUGUUUGCCAUCAUUUUGGUGAUGAGUUGUUUCAUUUGAGAUGGCUAUCCACAGGUUUGGUGGUUUACAGGCAAUAUGCCAGUACAUACAAAAUAUGUCAUUUAAGUGAGG